AGGUCCCUGCACAGGGAUAGCCAACAGUCAGCCAUAGUCUUCACUCUGUAUUUCCAAGCUACUGUGUCCAGCGGGUCAAUACUGGCAAGGCUGUACUCUCCAUCCAGGAUUUCCUUCGCGAAAAAUAAUAGUUCAAGAACAGGACGAGGAACCGACCAUCUGUUGUACUGUUCCAUCUCUGCUUCAAGAAGGAUUGAAGAUGUCUACAAGGCUACUUCAAGAUGUGAAAUGAACCUUUAAAGGUCUUGGGUUGCUGUCUGAAGAAGCUAAAGGUGUCUUGGAACUGGUGACUUGUCAGCACGGACUUCCUUUUUAUGUUUUACAAAAAGUAGCUGCCAAGAAUUUUUUCUUCUAUUCAGUGAAAAGCUAGUACUCAAAAAUCUUGUCCUGAAAAGUAUCAUCAGUGAAUUUCAUCUCAACGAUGGAUCUAGGAAGACAAACACUUUCCCUUGAUCGUAAGAGGUGCACCUAAAACAACUUGCGACCAGGAUUUGAGGCAGAUGUCUGCACAAGAGUAACACCAAGUGCCUCCUCAAACAUGGAUGGCCGCUGACAAAGAGGGAGAGUGGGUAAUAUUUGCUGUGGACAGAGAACCUACUCACUAGGAUUACCACAGAUCCGGUUAACAAGUCACACAACACGACAGCCUGGUUUUCAAGUGGAGAAAGCGCUUUCGGGCCGUUAAUUACAUGACAGUUCGCCAUUCAGGAGCGAAUUUAGCAAAAUUUUUCAACCCAGCAGGAACAAAGGUGGCUGUAAGAGUGAAGUGCUGGGAUAUAUUAGUCUGAACGAGAAUCUGACAGAAACGUUCAUCAAAUUUCCACCGGUUUACAUAGCUGUGUGAAUCCAGGAAGGCUUGUAGCUGAAAUCUUUAACCUUCUCCCUGCUGCUUCACCCAUAAGCAGUACAAGUUUGGUGUUAAAUUGCUACCUUAGCAGGCUGAAGGUUAAUCUUGGAGCAACAAUUGUGAGGAUAAGACCAAGCAGUACAACACAAAGGGUGUGUGUGCUGUUGUAUUACCAGCAAGCCUAGUUCAACAGAAUAGACCUCUGUAAAAACACAUUUUGAAGACUAACAGAGGGAAAUACUCUUCAAAUUGGGAAAAGCAAGUCUUUCUUCUGACAAUUUAACAUGGCGGAUGAAGAACUGGAAAGACCGCCAUCCACGGGACCGUUCGAAUAUCGCAGUGACGACAAACACGUGACAUCAGGGAGCGAGUUCAGCUCGAUGUCGGACAGUUCAAGACGUGAGAGCCCCGGGCCGGUGUUUGGGGUAAACUUGGACGAAAGAUCUCUAUUGGAGCGUGUGGAUAGUGCCCUGAACAGGACAGCUAAAGACAAAAAAGUGAAGCAACCUUCUGUGGAGGAGCCUGAAAAAGGUCCACCCCUUCAGAAGGGAGUUUAUAUCUUCCCCAAUGGAGACAAGUAUGAUGGGGAAUACUCUCAGUCGGAUACCGGGGUUCUGGAACGGAACGGCGUGGGAACCCACACAACGAAAGAUGGCGUUGUCUACACGGGCCGGUGGGUCCAGGACAAGAUGAGCGGACAGGGGAAGCUGGUCCACCCGUCAGGCGCGGUGUAUGACGGAGAGUUCUACAACAACACGUUCCACGGGCGCGGGAAGUACAUUUGGCCGGACGGGUCUUUCUACGAGGGAAACUGGGAGGAAAACAAGAUGGAGGGUGACGGAGAGUUUAUUGACACGGAAGGACAGACAUGGACGGGCACUUUUCGACAUCGGGCAGCCCCAGGGCUUCGCUUCAAACUGAACUUGGAAAUCUGACGACUCAAUAAUCUCUUCUGACAGGCACCUUCCAACAUUGGGCAGCCCUGGGGGCAUUGUUAUGAGACUUCACUGCCUAACAUUCUCUGAUAAUUUGACUUUUCGCAUUAUAUUUUAAAGGCUUGCAUGCAGUAUGCAAGCUGGUCCCUAGGUUUUGUAAUUUCACUGAUCUUAUUAAAGAGAUGUAAAUAUGACUGAGUUGUCUUUUAGGGUAUAUAGGGUUUAUAGGAAAAGAAACUUAUAUGUUGUACAUUGCCAAAAUGUCCUGUAUAACAAAAUCUCAUAUUUCAAGAGGAAGUAGAGACACUUAAAAAAUAAUGUUUUCUUUUCAGAGGCACAGCAAAUCUAGUUACUGCAACAGUGAUUCAUUUCGUAUUAG